AUGGAGUCGUCGUCUAGUGUAGCGCCAAGUGCGCAUUCCGAAGCUCCUGUGUCGUCUUCAGCAAUCAGUGAUCUCGAUUCAGAAGUACGGUUCCUGAAUACACGGAUUGUUGAUAUGAUUAACAGUAAUACAGAGAUAGAAGACAAGCUUCGAACUGCUAAUAGAGAAUUGAUUCAGAUGACUGAUACAAAGGUAGAUUUAGAAGACCAGCUUCGCGUGACGCGGCAGGAGUUGGACGAUGCCAGACGUGCGAAAAUUCUACUAGAAGAUCAGAUUGAAAAGGACUAUGUAUCUCGUCAAGAGUAUGAUCGAGUUGUUGAACUACAGAAAAAGGCAGAGAAAGAUGCUGAAGGUCUACAUGCUGAGAUAGAAGACUUAACAGGAAGUUUGUUCAAUGAAGCAAAUAUAUUAGUUGCUGAGGCCAAUAAGGAAAAGGCUCGUUUACAGAUGCAAUUGGAAGAGCGAGAUGUUCUUUUAGACAAUUACAAGUCACAGGUGUCUGAACUAAAGGACAUUAUUCAAAGACUUAAAGACGAAGAGGAGAUGGGUGAAGUCAAUUCAAACAGACGCUCACUUAUGUCUACACCGCCACCUCCACCUUUACCAGAAGGUGACGAUGGAUAUAGACCUAUUGGCUCGGCAGUCAGCGUUGCCAGCUCUUUAACAGGAACAACAGGUGAUGCUGGCAGCAGCGGAGACGGUCAUGCUGAUAGUUCAAUAGGAACCAACGGCGCUGGCGGUACUGGAACUGGAUCUAGUGAUUUUGGAUUAUCAACUGGUCUUUCUGCCAUGACAUUGGCUUCAGUGUCUGGCAAGCCGGGUGCCGUAACUACUGGCCACCAUUUUGGAGACGACACGGACUCACCAGGAGCUCCUGACGAUGCUAUUUAUUGGUCUCUAAACGACAAGAGCGCUUUGUACAGCCAAAUCCGACCUAUUCUCCGUAAAGACACACCAGUUUUUGAAGAUUUCAAGUCAUUUGUAAACCAUACCUCAUCCAACCCAUUUGCUGCACUCACCAACAAUAGUCACAAUCAUAAUCAAACAUCCACAGCGUCGGCUUAUUUCCACACUCCAGGAGGAUUCCCAGGCUCAUUUCCCGUCAACCCACGAGUUACUGCUUCAUCCCCCACUGUUCCUUCAACCUCAUCGCCAAAAUCAGGAGCUGAUUCGUCUCCUAGAAGCACUGUUACAUCUACAGCUACAUCUACUUCUACAUCUACUUCGACAGCUACCACAACGACAUCUACCGCCACUAGUUAUGUUCAUAUCAACACCGCACCUUUGUCGUCUUUCAAACUAUACAAAAGAUGUCUCUCAGAAGAUAUCGAGCCAACCCUGCGUCUCGACCUAGCACCCCAUAUUUCCUGGUACGCUAAAAAGGGAGUUAUGAAUAGUAUUGUCGACGGCACAGCCAUUGUCGAGCCAAUUUCCGGGGUGAACGAAGGAGCAGCCAUCCGCGGUCAGAACCGGCCUGUGGCCACUGUAUCACCCUGCUCGUUCUGUGGAGAGGCCCGAGACAGUUCUAUCGUCUAUCUUCGAAUGCAUAAUCUGAGAAUAAGCAAGGGUCAAAGCCACAAUACCAGCACGAAUACGUUCACGAGCAGUAAUUCCAGCAGUUCAAGUGCCGUGACGACCUCGACCACGACCUCGACCACUACUGUGAGCAGCGGCCAUCCCCUGUGUCAUUACUGUCUAACACGAGUACGGACAGUGUGCGACUUCACGGCGUUCCUAAGAUCUGUUCGCGACAGAGUCUGGAAAGUAGACGAGGAAGAAGGACUCAACCGAGCCUGGGACGAGCUGGCCCGACUUCGUGAGCGUAUGCUGUGGGCUCGAGAGGGCGCCAUCUUCCCACCACCCAUGAUCUUUGGCCCCAGCCUUCGAACUGCCCGGACCCACACUCCCAUUCAAUCCAAAGAGUCCGCACCACUGGACACCGAAGAAAAGCUCGAAAAGCCAAACCAACUGGACACUCCAGAUUCCACUAAUCCCUCAACCGAUGCCAAAGACGAGGACGCCAGCUCCGUAGCGGUCUCGGCCGACGACGAGGUCUAUACCUCUGCCUAG